AUGGAAGAAAUAAUAGGAGGAGUCGAGAGAAUCGACUUCCAUCAUCCAUAUACGCCAUAUGACGUACAAGAGCAAUUCAUGAACACCGCAUAUGAGGUCUUACAGCAAGGAGAAGGGCAAAUUGGUAUUCUCGAGAGCCCAACUGGCACCGGGAAAUCUCUCUCGCUCAUAUGCGCUGCUCUUACUUGGUUACGUAACCACAAGAGAUCGAAGUUUGAGACUUCGGUUACUGAAGCCGCCCAGGAGUUUAAAGAUGAGCCGGACUGGAUUGUUGAUCAAAUGCUAAAGCGGAAGAGAGACGAGAUAAUUAAGCAAUGGGAAGAAAGAGAGGCGCGGUUGAGAAAAAUACGAGCCAAAGAAAAGAUGACAGAAGAGAGAGGAUCCAAGCGAAGGAGACUGGAAGAUGGUAACGCUAGAAAGAGUAAGAAGACUGAUAACGACGAUGAUGACGAUGAGUGGCUAUUGGAUGAAGGUCAGGACGAAGAUGCAUCUCAGGACAGCGAUAACCCAUUGGGAUUCAGCAAGGAGACACGGAACCUCAUGAACAAGUUAGGCUUAGGAAGCCUUCAAACCAAAGAAGAGAGCGAGGAGAUGGGCGAAAACGAGAUUAAGAUCUAUUAUACAUCGAGAACGCAUUCACAAUUGACACAAUUCAUCUCGGAGCUACGCCGACCAAAUUUCCCAGCAUCGUUACCAGAUUCUCUUCUUGGCGAUAACUCAAGCACCGAAUCGGAAGGCAUUAAGCACCUCCCGCUAUCUUCACGUCAACGACUCUGCAUCAAUCCGUCGGUCUCUCGUCUCAGCUCUCUCCCCGCGAUCAACGAUCGCUGUACCGAGCUUCAGCAGCCAAAGUCAAAGGAUAGGUGCCAAUUCGUACCGAAUGCGGACAGCCUAAGUUUAACACAUCAGUUUCGAGACAGCGCCCUUGCUACUCUUCCGGAUAUUGAGGAUCUCUUCGAGCUUGGCAAGAAGCUACACGUGUGUCCUUAUUACGCCUCGCGAACAGCAGUGCCUAGCGCAGAGAUCAUUACGUUACCCUAUCCUUUACUUUUGCAGAAGACCGCUAGGGAUGCUCUCGGUAUCAAAUUAGAGGGCAACGUGGUUAUCGUUGACGAAGCCCAUAAUAUCAUGGAUGCGGUAGCUAACGUAUACGCCUCGGAGAUCAGCCUCAACGAACUAAAGCGAGCCAGGCAAAUGCUUGGCGUAUAUGUUAAGAAGUUUGGAAAGAAGCUCAAGGGUGGAAACCGAGUCAUGGUUGCGCAAGUCGCUAAGGUUGUAGAUGGCCUAAGGGUAUGGCUAGAAAGCGCGUCGGAACUAAAGAGCGACCAAGGAAUAGUCGACCCUAAUGUCCUUCUAAAGUCCAAGGGCAUCGAUCAGAUUAAUAUGUAUAAACUCAUUCAAUACAUACAAGACUCGAAACUCGCAUAUAAAAUCGAAGGAUAUGUUGCGCAAGCCGAGUCUCAGGGCGCGGGAGAUGCUUCAUCCAUAAUACGGUCAACACCUGUUCUUCAUACUCUCCUCUCAUUUCUUGUCUCUUUGAACAACCUGAGCUCUGAAGGUCGUAUUUUCUACCACAAAGUUUCCCAAGACGAUAUCAAGCUUUCUUACCUCCUCCUUUCACCUACACACGCAUUUUCUUCUAUAGCAUCAAGUGCACGAGCAGUCAUCCUUGCCGGCGGCACUAUGUCACCAUUUGAGGAUUAUACGGCACACCUUUUCCCGGACUUGGCACAAAAUAAAAUCACGACUCUUAGCUGCGGCCAUGUGAUUCCAUCAUCAAAUCUUUGCGUUUGGACAUUGUCAUCUCCGAGACCAAAGACUGAUACCAGGAGCGUGGAGUUCGAGUUCAGUUUCCAGAAGCGUAGUGACAAGUCGAUGAUCUAUGAGCUAGGAAUCGCGAUCCUCAACAUUUGUACGGCUGUUCCGGACGGCGUUGUUAUUUUCUUCCCUAGCUACGGAUAUCUUGACGAAGUGGUAUCUGUUUGGAGCGAGGUCAAUACCGGCCAGCCUAAACCGCUAAUGGAGAAACUACAAGCCAAGAAGGCCGUAUUCCGCGAGACCAAGGGAGCAUCGAGCGACGAAGUGCUAGCGCAGUAUAGCGAGGCGAUCCUGGGUGAUAGUAAACCCGGCCCUCCGCUUAAUAGAAACGGAGCCUUAUUAUUAAGUGUGGUUGGUGGAAAGAUGAGCGAAGGAAUCAACUUUUCUGACCGACUAGGCCGUUGCGUGGUGGUGGUCGGGUUACCAUAUCCGAAUAUCCAUUCACCGGACUGGAAAGCUCGUAUCGAGUACAUCGAGUCGACCACACUCGAGCGCAUAAAAGCCACCAAUCCGUCUAUACCUAAAGGCGAAGCUCUCGUAGCAGCAAAACAGGCGGCUCGCGAUUUCUACGAGAAUGCAUGUAUGCGUGCCGUGAAUCAGAGCAUCGGGCGCGCUAUUCGUCAUCGAAACGACUACGCCGCCAUUGUGCUAGUUGACCGACGGUUUGCAGCCGACCGCAUUAAGACUAAGCUACCUGGUUGGAUCCGUGAUGGCUUGGUCGAGGGAAGCGAAAACGGGGGAUUAGGACAGAUGAUGGGAAAGCUUAGCAGUUUUUUCAGAGGCAAGAAAGCAUUGGCGGACGCUUAA